UACAGCUUCAACAUGAAAAAGAAAAAAAUACAGAAGAUAAUCAUGAUUCAUUAAUAAAAUAUGCUCAUAUUUGAAUGAGUAACUUAACAAGAAUGAAAGGCGAUUAAUUAUUGGAUAUACUCACAGCAUGUCAGUGUUUGCACACUGAAUCACGAGAUAUGUCAUGUUACUCCUAUUACUGCUAUUAUUAAUCUAUUAAAUACGGUUGAUAUAAGAGAAGUACCAUCUUUUAUAAACACUUAUCCUAGAGAUCUCUAUUUCGCUUACUGUGAAUUAUAUUUACACGGCAUUAUCUUAUGUAAACCAUACUAGAUUGACGCAUUAGAGAGACAUUUUAUGCGAAAGGGAAUCAUCAUGUUACCGCCACUGAUAGUUACAAAACCGUCGACCACUACCACAUCAUUAUCAUCGACAUCAGCAUCAAUGUUGCCACGACAAGCCCCGUUGACAGCUCCACCGAUUGUGUCAUUCAGUGACUAUCCUAGUUACAAUCAAAGUCUACCUAUGAAUGAAGCGGAGAGUCUACAGAAAAAUGGAAUGGUAAAAAGGAAAUCUUUAAAAAAUAAUUCCUCUAAUAAUAAUAAUAAUCCGAAUAAGUUGAACGAAAAUUUGACCCACCAGCGAUUAUCAUUAACAUCAUCGUCCCCUUCAAUGGCAUCGUCAUCAACACAUGUAAAACUGCCUAAUGUCAAUUCAAGUUGGUAUUCAUUAGCAUUCAAACGAAGGCAUCGUCUUAUCAGUAACUACCAUAGUUUGCAUAAUAAACAUACCAUGAAAGCGCUACAUUCGAUCUAUGAUGAAUUUUUCUUUUAUGAUUCCAAUUCUAAACUUCAGUCUGUCAGUAGGCAUGAAGAUAGUCUGGAGGGUCCGGUGGAGAAUCUGAUGAACAGUUUACAAACAUCACCACCACCACAGCAACACCAGCGGCAAAAACCAUCAGAAUCUCUAAACCAACACCAUUACCAUCAACAACAACAACAACAUCAUCAUCAUAAACAUUUGAAAUACUUCCCGAGAAGUAUGGCUAGAAGUAUGGAUAGUUUGUUUGUUGAUAGUUGGAAUAAGAAAGUGGACACUGUUCAGAAUUUGGACAGUGUUUCAAAACAAUCACUUAAAAAUCAGUGUAUAAUCCGUUUCUGGAAUGGCGGUGAAAUCAAAGUUCAGCUGUCACCACCACUACCACCAUCCACAUCAGGAACAACAACAACAAGACAAGAAGAAACAAUAGGGGAUGUGGUCCGGUCACAACUAACUGACUACACUAUUCCAAUUCAAUGUAUUGAUUGUGCCAAUAAAGAAUUAAUUCCAUGGGGAACUCCUAUGUCAAAUUUGGCUUCGAAAACUUUAUUAAUUAAAAAAAUUCAUCGAAACCGGAGUAGUUUUACUCUCCAGUAUCCUGGAAAUGCAAAAAAGCUGGAAAGACGAUCAGCUCCGCCACUUGAUACCUCGGAUGCAUUGAAGCAGUGGUUCAACUUCUAUAAAAAGAAUACUACACCCAUUCCCCAAUUAUCAUUGGCUGAUCAGUUAGUAAACGAGUGCUUAAAUGAGCUAGACUCAAAUCGAGUUGAACAGUUAUUUCCUAGACGACGUACAACCUCCGAUUGUAGUUCACCACAGUCUGUAAUCACACCUAUUACCAAUACCACCAACGUAAUAUCUAGCACUGUCACCUCACCGAUUACAAUGACUGCUGGUGAAGAGAUGAUACGUAAUAAGUCCAGUUCAUAUUCCCGUGUUGAAAGCGGUCACCACAGAAUGUCUAUCAGCCAAGAAUUCGAUAGUCAAGAAUUAAACGAUUUGUUCUAUAUUGAAGAAUCUUGGGAGCAGAUUGUUCAGUCAUCUGCGCAAAUGACAAGACACCAGCAGAAAAGACAAUCAGCCAUUUGGGAAUUUUUUCAUACAGAGGCAAAUUAUUUAAAAUAUUUACGGACUAUAAUCGAUUUUUAUUUAUCACCAUUUUUGGAUAUACGUGAACACUUAUUUGACAAUUUAGAUUCUGGAUGGAUAUUUGGUAAUAUUGAAGAGAUAUAUAAAGCUAAUGUAAGACUAUGGUUACAAUAUCUUAUUGAACCAUUGAGAGAAAUUCGUCAAACAGGUUGUGCAUUUACACCGGUUAUCUUUAAAAGUGCAAUUACUCAUAUUCCUGAUUUAUUCAAUGUUUAUAAACAAUAUUAUGUGAACUUACCUCGAUGUCGUUCGUAUACACAAGAAGCAAUUAGACAGAGUACAAACUUUUGUACAUUUCUUGAAUGGGCUGAUCAACAAGGUCAUGAUCAUCGUGAACCAUUGUGGGAUCAAAUGACAAAACCAACUACACGAUUAACACAAUAUCGUCUUUUAAUGGAAUCGAUACUAAAACACUGCAUUAAUUCAACUGAAGAACAGGAAGUCAAUGAAAUGUUGAAAUCUAUCAGUGAAGUCAUAGAGACAAUUAAUCGACAAAUGACAGAGACUAAAACAUGGGAGAGUUUAGAAAUACUGGCCUCUAAAUUAAUCUAUGAUGAUUUAUUAGAGAAUGUAGUUGAAGACUAUACACAGCUGAUUAAUGAUCAUACAAAAUUUAAGUUCUCAAUUCUUGGUCCAAUCAAACUGCCCUUGCCAGUAGUUCUAUUUCAUGAUGCUAACAACGCACAAAAUAUGUCGUUAACAACAAAAUCUCUAACAUCCUUGCGUAAUCGACGAUCAAGUGGUUCAUCUCUAAUCAACUUCAGUUCAACUACAGAUGUUAGAAAUUUCCAGCCUCGUAGUACAACUAGUUGUAAUCGUAGUGAUUCUGGUAUCGGUGAUUGUAAUCUUCCAGCUUCAGCAUCAACAGACAUAACCUCACCGAUGUAUUUUAAACAAACGUCAAGAAAUUUCAGUCUGCCUGCUCAGACAAAUGAAAUAUUCCAGUGUCCUGUACUUCUGUCACGUGUAUCACAAGGUGGUGUACAGAAAUCAGGUUUUUUAGAAGCUGAUAUAAAUGACUCCGUCAUUUAUGAUUGGUCAGAUUUCUAUUGUCAGCGAACUGUACAACGGGCUGUACUAUAUGGUGGGAAUUUACGAUUUAAGGAACCACCAAGUCGAUCUGUUGAAACUGUUUGCCAUAUCUUAACCGACUUGUUUCUAAUAACAAAAACGCACAGGAAAGAUGGAAAUGAUUAUUGGAAACUAUUGAAAAAUCCGGUACGAUUGGAUAAAUUAGUGAUACAACGCGGCCGAGAUUCUGGCGUUUUUGGUUGUGCAGUUCUUGAUGACUUUCAGAAUAUUUCCAAUCUGUACAUUUUCUCUGCUGGACACAAAUGCGAUGAAUGGAUUGCACAAAUCGAGUCAGCAAAGGAAAAUUAUCGUAGGUUAAUGGAACCAGAAAUACUUAUCGCUCAACCUAUAAUGACUGAUCAGAAGGAUGAAUCAUCAACCAUUUUAAUGCCAAAUGAUAUAACAGAGAAUAGUUCAGAGUUACACAGUCACCAUCAUCAUACUGGUGAAGGUAACAUCGCUUUCACAAUUGAUACAACUGCUACUGCUUCUACUUCUUCGUCUGCUGAUAACCCGACAACAGUCAGUAAUGUGGAAACUAGUAAACGGAAUAUGUUUUUCAGUUCACAGUCACAUUUAUACGACAGUAAUCAUUGUAACACUGUUACUAAUCAUACGGACGAUGCAAUGAGUAUUUCAGAUAAGCGUAUAAGAUCUAUUACCUCACCAUCUAUCGUAAAGACAAACGCAAGACGUUCUAGUUCUAGAUCGCAUAAUGAUAAUUCUUUAACGUUUAGCCCAACAAAGAUGAGUAAUUCAACUAGUGAAAGAAAUAUCUUCUCACAUUUUAAUAACACCAGUGAUCGCUGUUGUACACUGAAUUCAGUGAACAGUAGGCCAGGUAUGCCACCUACAACAACGACAAGUGCUUUAAACAUUAAUCAAGAUGAAAAGUCAAAGUCUACGUCAGUAUCACCGCGGAGAAAAGAGAGAAGUGCAAAUCUUUCAUAUCAACAAGAGAAAUACAACUAUCUACCGCCCAGUAUUCAUCGAAAUGAUCAGAGAUCAAGUAACAAUAAUAGUUCUAUAGGGAAAAUGAAGCCAUCAAAUUCAGAUAUGGAGAAAGGCGUUAGUAUUAUUAAUGUUAGACAAACAGUAGUCACUUCACCAACACAGACUGGCGAUAGUCAAAGAAAGCUAAUUAGAAUGGAUCCUCCGCUUAACAUCAAUGAUUCUUAUUUGUCAUCACAGAGACAAGAUCACACAGAACAUUCAUCAACUAGUUUAAGAUAUUCUACAAACAAAUCUUCUGAAGGUGAAAAUCUAUCAGAGAAUGAAGUCAGAGCUUGUGUUAAUCGUCCAUCAAUAUUAAUAUAUAAAAUACAAUCAGAUCCGAGCGAAUCUAACAGUAAUUCAGCUUACUUGAAUUCCAUUGGUUUACGGCGUCAAUCAGUCCAUCAGUCAUUAUUAAGCAUUGAAAGAUCAGACAGCAGUGAUGAUCAAAUCACAGUAAAGUCAUAACAAUUUUUUUAUUAGGUUCCUAUCGAAAAUGAUGAGUACUUCUAUUUUAAUUUGAGCGGUAAGGGUGAAUUCACUGUCUACUGAACAACACUCAUUGUACAGUAAUAAAUUUUGAUCAGUAUCACUGAAAGACUAUUUUAUAUCAGUAAUUGUAUGUGCAAAAUCAUAUCUAUAACAUAACUAUUAUCUUGUCAGCACCAGUCUAUAUAUUUGAAGAGUGACGAUUUCAUUUUGCGCAUAUCUUAUUUACAUCCACACAUCUCCAUCCCCACCCCACCCCACCCCAACCCACAAAAAUAAAGAAAUGGUUUGCUGGUGAGAACAAAUAACCUAUUACUUCAGAGAUUAAAUUUCGGAUCAGAUAUCUCCAAUUUGUUGCAAGAUUUCAUCAUGAGCUGAUAUCUGUCGGAGAACCAAUGGUUCUCAUGAUGAAGCCCUGUAACCAAUCAAAUCCCUGCAAACCAACAUUUGAAUCUCCAAUUCGUCUUUCAUUUCAUCACUAUAUUACCGAUUGAUUACUGUUUUGUUUCGUCUUAUCCAUACUUCUCUGUCAAAGAAAAACAAACACCACAAAUUAAUGAAAUUCUUUCACACAGUGAAUACUGAACACUGAAAAAACAAACAGAGAUACCCUCUUGAUGAUAAUUUUUUGUAUAUUAUUUUGAAGAGACUUAUAGAUUUCUUCUUUUAGUGAGGAAAAAUCUGAAAUGGUGAUGAAUAUAUAUUAAUGAUAGUUAUUCAUAUAUAUAUAUAUAUAUAUAUAUAUAUAUACGCAUACAUAAAUAAGCAUCAUGAACUGUUACAACAUUCAACACUUUGUAUAUGUACCAUAUUAUUUCAUAAUUUCGAGAGGAUAAAUUAUAAUCAUGGGUAAAUUUCACUAGUUCAGUUGUUGUUUUUGUCGUUGUUGUUGUUGUGUUAUUCCAUUUUCUUUC